GAACUUUUAUUUUGAAGAUUUUCGAAAUUCGGUGAUCCAGAGGUGUUUACACUUUCAUUUGGAUUAGCAAAUUGUAGCUACACCAACAACAGAACUACAACAAUUCAUAAAUGUAUUGAGCAACAAACACCUUCAUACGGAGUAUAACUGCUAGUUCAAUCAAACAUAAGACGCAGACCGCAAUUUGUGACUGUAUUAAAGCGAAAGAAGGACGAAGAGACGGAAAAAUAUAGAUACUAGCUAGCUAACGUAAGGCUAGCAGCAAGCUGACAUGAAUUCUCUCGUUGGCUAUGGCGUGUCCUCUGAUUCUGACAGCGAUGGGGAUAUUGGAAACAACAAGAAGACUGAGAGCAAGGUGGAUGGGGAGACCCAGAAGAAGGGCCGCAAUUUCCUCCUAGAGUCCGGGUCAGCCUCCAGUGAGUCAGACUGUGACUUCAACCCAGAGGAAGAGGUGGACCCCGUAUCUCAACUUAUACUUAAAUGCCCUCCUCCUGCCUGUAUGGCACCCCCCUCUGAGUCCCGGACCCCUCUCCUCCCCGCACCCCCUAGUUCCCUCUCCCACAAACUCCCCCCUCCACCCCUCGGGGCCUCGUCCAAGAGUGGCGUAUUCGCCAACCCCUUCAAGGCGCAAGCCGACCAGAAGCUCAACGUCUUGCAGAAGCACGUCCCUCUCACUCUGCUGGCUCGACCCUCCCAGAUAGGAGGCAAGAGGAUGUGCGUGGCGUACAGGAAGGACGGACGCUGCAGGUUCGGGAUCAAAUGCAAGUUUGCCCAUGACAGCGACCUCCAGAGCUCCAUCAUUCCCAAUGACUAUGACCCUCCUGCGGGUGACGAUCCCGGAUCGGACCAAGCUGACACCAACGCGGGGGGCUUUUCAUACAUGGGUCGCCAGAACUUUCACGACAACCAGGGAGGAGACCCUGAAGAGAAGGGUCAGCAGUCUAGGAAGAGGAGAGUAGGGCUGAGUAACACCCUAGUGCCCCCUAAAAGGUCAAUGAAGAAUUAUGCAAUGCAGAGGACGAGAGAACAGGUCAAUUUGAACUGAGUGGACUUGCACAGGGAUUCUGUCAGCAGCAAUACACUGUGUGUGUGUGUGUGUGUGUGUGUGUGUGUGUGUGUGUGUGUGUGUGUGUGUGUGUGUGUGUGUGUGUGUGUGUGUGUGUGUGUGUGUGUGUGUGUGUGUGUGUGUGUGUGUGUGUGUGUGUCGUUAUAGUGUGUGACAGAGAAAAUGGGAAUGUGUUCCAAUUUUGUACCCUUAUUCUGCACUCAUUUACUCCCCCUCAUGGAUGUAAAAGGAAUGGACUGGUGUAAAAUAGGGUGGAAUUGAGUGCAAACUUCUGUUAGAAGAGAAUAUAAUCAGACCACAGCCAGAGAGCAUUCUAUAGGAUACCUAUAGCACACCUCCAAACUUCUGUCCAGUACAUAUACUUGAGAUUGGUAGUUUCUACAUGACACGUUUUUGUAGUUUCAUUGAAAACACAUUCCUUUCUGUUAGAAACUGUCCAUUGGAAAUAUAAGCUACAAUUUAUCAUUGUUAAAUAAAUGCUUUAAAAUGUC